AUGACGGAGGCUGAUGUGAAUCCGAAGGCCUAUCCCCUGGUAGAUGCCCACCUCACCAAGAAGUUGCUGGACCUUGUUCAGCAAUCAUGUAACUACAAGCAGCUUCGGAAAGGAGCCAAUGAAGCCACCAAAACCCUCAACAGGGUCAUCUCUGAGUUCAUUGUGAUGGCAGCAGACGCUGAGCCCUUGGAGAUCAUCCCGCACCUCCCACUGCUGUGUGAAGACAAGAAUGUCCCCUAUGUAUUCAUGCGCUCCAAGCAGGCCCUAGGACGGGCCUGUGGGGUCUCCAGACCUGUCAUUGCCUCUUCUGUUACCAUCAAAGAAGGCUCCCAGCUAAAGCAGCAGAUGCAGCCCAUCCAGCAGUCUACUGAAAGGCUCCUGGUGAAGGCCCGUGACCUCUGCCCUUUCCUGUCUGCUCCCACCCCACUUGUGUAUCACAUUGUCUGUCAGCAUGUGUCUUGUGCCAGUCACCUUUGUACCAAGUUGGACCUGGUCCAGGAAUUCUGGGCUCCUCCCCGAAACCCGCCCAUUCUCCACUCUGAAGGAGCGGCCAGCUCCACGCCUUCCCCCUGGGGCUUGCAUCUUAGCUCUGCACGCCCUAUAGUCCCUGGCUCCUCUCAACCGCGGGAGCUCUCACCCUGGCUCCGCCUACUCCGGGAGCUCACAUCUGGCUCCGCCCCCAUCCCGUUCUCGCUGGGCAGUUUCAGCCGGGCCUAA